AUGAUUAAUUUAACAUUAUGUUCAUUUUCAAUUUAUGUUGUUCCAUCUUCAUUAGAAACAAGUCGAAAAGAUGGUUCAUUAGAAUAUCCAUUUUCAACAAUUGAACAGGCUCGUGAUUAUCUUCGUACAAUUAUUCGAUUAUCAUAUAGACGUGUAGCUCUUUAUCCUACUUAUCAUUUUAUAAAAAAUCAUACAUUGAUAUUUGAUGAACGUGAUCAUUUAACAAUUUAUACAACAAUGACACAUGAAGAACGAAAUAAAAUUCAAUUAUUAAGAAAAAAUUCUUUGAUUGAAUUAGAUUUUCCAAUAAUUAGUGGAGGUAUUCGUUUAACGAACUGGAUUAAUAAUAAAGGAAUUUGGAAUAUUAUUGUUCCUAGUUCUUUACCUGCAGUAACUCAAUUAUUUGUUAAUGGUCAUCGUGCUAUACGUAGUCGUUUACCUGAAACAGGUUAUUUUACUUAUGAAAAAGGACUUGAUAAUCGUACACAUCUUGCCUAUCAAGGUUUUAUUUAUCGUGAAAAUCAAUUUAAUAAUAUAACACUUAGUUCAACAUCAAUAACUGAAUUUAUUAUUUAUCAUUCAUUGACAACAUCACGUCAUUAUUUUUCUAAGAUAUAUUCACAAAAUCGUACUAUAAUAUUUUCUAAUCCAUGUCUAUCAGUUAUUGGUAAUACAUCAAUUAGUAAACAAUCAGGUCAACGUUUUCAUCUUGAAAAUGUUCAUGAAGGAAUGUUAAUUCAAGAAGGUUCAUAUUAUUUCGAUUCAGAAACACAAAUUUUAUAUUAUCAUCCACGAAAAAAUGAAAGUCUACAAACAACAAUUAUUAUAUUACCAAUUUUUGAAACAAUUAUAUCAAUUAUGAAUGUUCAUCAAAUGGAAUGGAAUUCUAUUGGAAUUGAACAUAGUGCAUGGAUGAUGUCCAUAAUUAAUAGAAGUAUUCCGAUCGAUGGACGAGCAGCUGCUGAUUAUUUAGAUAAAUCAAUAGUUACUGUUUAUUUACGUAAUUCAAGUGAAAUUAAAUUCAAUAAUAUAAAAAUUGCACAUACAGCCGGUUAUGCAAUACAAAUAGAUCGACAAUGUAAACAAAUUACUAUUGAAAAUAGUCGAAUGUAUGAUUUAGGAGCUGGUGGUGUGAGAAUAGGUAUAGGAACAAAGAAUGAAAAUGAAUAUCAAGAACUGAUAGAAAAUAUUAUUAUCAGAAGUUGUACAUUGUAUGAUGGUGGUCAUCUGUUUCCAAUGGGUGUCGGAAUACUUGUACAACGUGCAACAAUGAAUAUUUUAAUAACACAAAAUACUUUUUAUCAAUUUUUCUAUACCGCUAUUCAAAUAGGUUGGUCAUGGAGUUAUGACGAAAGUUCAUGUUAUAAUCAUACAAUAUCUUAUAAUUAUAUUCAUCAUAUUGGACAAUAUCUAUUAAGUGACCUUGCUGGUAUUUACACAUGCGGUCUUUUAAAUGGAACAUUAAUUACAAAUAAUGUUUUACAUGACAUUUAUGGAUAUUUUCUAUUGGAUUGGGGUCUUUAUUUAGCUGAUGGAACUUCACAAUUGAUGAUAACAAAUACCAUUGUUUAUAAUACAGGUUCAGCUGCUUUUACUAUGAUUUAUGGUUUCAAUAAUACAUUUCAAAAUAAUAUUCUUGCUCGAUCAAGUAAUGAAAGUGAUGGUGCUCUUUCAUUAUAUCGUCGUGAAUCACCUAAUCAUUUAUCAUUUACUUUUCGACAUAAUAUUAUUUAUGAUAUUGUUAAUGAAAGUGGACGUUGGAUAUUUCAAGUUCAAGCACCUGAUCCAUUUUCAGCACCUUUUGUCAUUAUGGAUUAUAAUUGUUAUUUUAAUGUAUAUGGAAAUAUGAUGAUUUUCGGUCUUGGAAGACUUGUUUUUAGUGAAUGGCAAGAAACAAAUCAUGAUAUAAAUAGUUAUAUAACAGAUCCACUGUUUAUUCAUGCUGAAAAUCAAUGUAAUUUUUUUAAUGUUAGUAUUAAUAGUCCAGCUGUCAAAAAUUUAGGUUUUAAACCAAUUAAACAAUUGUUUCAAUGGAAACCUGGAUGUUAA